AUGGGUAAAGGUUUUACAUGGAGUUGGCAAGAAGUCGGUUAUGCCAUGGAGCAGAGGAUUGAGGAUAAUGCUUGGCGUAUUGCAUUCACUACUGGAUUGUACGCAACCGGAGAGGAACAGCCACCGUCUGGUAGAAAUCAAUCCCCUCCAAGAUGCAAGAGGUUUGAACCGAUCGAGCUUAUGCAUGCGGAUCCAUAUCUUCACCAAGCUCAUGGAAAAGAGGGAGUCAAUGCUUCAGCCCAAUACUUCUACAAUUGUAUGAAGGAGCCCUCUACAGCCUCCACUGCCGCCCUGAUGUUCGAAGCUGUUGGGCAUGUCUAUGUUGUCAAACGUGCUAGAGGUGCCCUUUGCAUACGAGCACUCAAAGACGGCAAUGAACAGCAACUGCAUUAG